AUCAAUCACUUGAUGUUUUGUCCAAGAAAAAUUCCAAGAAAGCAACUGAUUAAUGAGGAUGGUCUGCUGUAUUUGAAGAUGUCGUAAAAGAUUUUCUGACAUUAGUAUGUCAUACGGUGUAUUGUAGUUUUCUUGGAGGUGAUGAUGGUGUUACAGCGAUGAUUGGCUGGCGAAUAGGACGGUCGGUCGGUAAGUCGAUCGGUUCCAAACAAAACUUGCCGGGUGUAGCAAAGCAAAGACACUGCGAAAGAAAAAACACAUCUACUUUCGUUAACGCAGUGGUACAGCCUGUCCUGUGGUUUUGAACUGCAUCGGAAACCAUGUCGAUGCCGGAUAGCUUGAGAAGCUUAUCGAUGCAGCAUCGAACCUCUUUCGGCCGGUCGGUUGGUCGGUUCGCGCAACGAGACGAGACAAGACGAGACGAAACGAAACGAAACGAAACGAAACGAAACACAAUGAUAUGGUUACGAAAGGAAUGAUCGAUCGAUUGAUCCGGUCGAUGCGAUUCGCUUCGAUCGGAGCAAAUCUACCUACAAGCAUAGAAAUAAAGCAAAUUUAGGAAAGGAGAGGUUCUGGAAAUUGGGGUCUAGAUAUUGAAUAAAACUGAUUGUGUACGGGUAGGUGAUAAUAAGCAAUCAUUUGCUAUUGUUAUCCUUUGUUAUCGCUGAUGUUCAAGGUGUACUAGAAGAUACUAGAAGACAACUAACUCUACGUGCUUUGCAAAAUUCUUCUUUUAGAAACAAAACGAUAAAACUCGCCCAUCGAGGCCGUCCAAAUCUUAUGGCCGGCUAUUCAUUAUAAAAUUUUAUGGUGUGGAAUCCUCUAUGAAUACCGCUGACAAAGAUCACGGGUUCAUUCGUUCCUUCCUUCCUAGUUUUGCCGGGGGUGCAAAUGAAAUAGUGACUGUUACUACCGUUCUUUGUUUUGCAUACUCCUGAUAUAAUCCGAAAAAUCCCAUACAGCAUCCGGUCACAAAGAGCAAACACCAAUGCCCAUGGUUGCUUGCUAGUGGUUAUUGGAUUGAUUUAAAAGCCAAGGGCCGAUUUGUCAAAAACCAUCGCCACGGCCUUGAACUGCUCGCCGGCGAGGUAGGCGGCAAUCUUCUCGUUGGACUCGACGCGCUCGAUCCACUUGGUCAGAGCGGGCCCGCACGGGUUGUCCACGCCCUCGGCGCCGUCGAUGAGCCGGGUGCCAAAAAAGACAAUCGCGUCGUAGAGCGCAACGUCGGCGAUGCUGAGGGUAGAAGACCCCCCAAAAUAAUCGCCACCGGCGGCCACAAACUGCCGCUCGAGAUUGUCCACGUGCUUCGGCAAUACCUCCUUGACAAACUUCUGGACGGCGCCAUCCGACGCGCCAAACAUUUUAAAGGCGCGGUAGGAGGCGGUCCGGAGGUCGUCGGCGUCGGCGAUGAGCUUGUCUUGGAGGUAGGCCGCGUCGUCGGCGUCGUCGAGGGUCAGUUCCAGGCCCCCCAUGCGGGCCGCCUUGCGGAGGACCGCCGAGGACUGAAUGUAGACCUUCUGGGAGUCGGUUCCCUCAUCGAUCGUCAUAAUGGGAACCGAAAAGGUCGAGUUGCCGUUGGUCAGGGCUUUCCACUUGGCCUUGUUCUCGUCCGAGGGGGGGAAGCUGGCGAAGUCGUCCGUGAAGGCAAUUCCACCGGCGGCCAGGGCCAGGCGGAUCUGGUUGGCACGACCCGUGGCGUUGAAGUAGUAGACCUUGACAGACAUGAUGCGAACGUGUGAGUAUGUAUGUGAAAAUUGGUUCUUCAGCUUGUGUUUGUUGAACGUGCUAUUCAAUUUUGUGGUGUUGAGCAGUCAAUUGUUCUGCGUUAGGACGAAACAGUAAUCGUAGUAAAGUUAUAAUUAUUGUAAUGAAGUACGGUAACAAAAUACCAAAUACCAGUACUCGUACUCGUAUUCGUACUUCAAGAACGACCUCAGAUCGUGAAGCGAGCGAAGAAGUGUCCCGACCCUGUAUCGUACAUUUCCUUACGGUAUGGCAACGUGAAAGAAUAACUCGCCGAUCGUAUUUUUCUAAUGGUUUCGAUUUCGACAGAGAUCUUUUUUGGCCUUCUACAACAUUCCAAUACGGUAGGGUUCGUGUAGGCGAACGAAGAAGAAAAAAUACUGUAAUUUCUCGAGUGAAAAGAUCUCGUUCAAAAAAUAAAGGAGGCCAAUCAUAAGUCAUCUAUCGUAUCGUACAAUACCGUAUCUUUGUUGAGUACUUGUACGAGUACGAGUACGACUUCCUUCUUCCUUCGCUUUACUGUAUGUACGAUACGGUACGGUACAUAGCCUAAGAGUAGUACCGGAACGAGUAGUACGAGUACUCGUAGUACAUCAUAAGUACAAGUGACCCCUGCUUACCGGUACGUACGGUACGUACUCGUACUUCACCCAUCCUGCCGGUACGUACCGGUAGAGAACUGUACGAAACUCGGAUUGUGCGAUAGCGAUAACACCUCUUGAACGGACGUCGGUCCUGUUCGUUUGUGCGGUGUCACAAAUAAGAAAUGUACACUAAUGAAGUACCGUACGAUACGGUAAUCGUACCAGUUAAUAGUACGGGUAGUACGUACGUACAUAUUACAAUCGAAAAUAAUAGGAAAAGAAGUAAAAAUAACGGUGUGCGACCAAACAAACCCUGUGAUCGUCUUGCAUGCGUACGUAAUCAAUACGGGUAUUUACUAUCAUCUUUUAAAAAUAUUGUUAAUCCGACUGAGUCUUGAAAAGAAAAGAUUUGAAUAGCCGUUGCCAUUCGAUUCACACGAAACUCUUCGGAACGGUCCCGUACUAUGGUAUGCACGAAGAACGGUACGUACGGCACGAACUACGGUAACGAUCUGUUUUUUUUUCUUUCCAGUCACAGUCCCACCUACGGUACGUACCGUAAUGUACUGCGAAGCGUUCAUAAAUUCAACCAGAAAAACAUUCAAAUCCGAACGAGCGGAAUCAAUCUCGAAGUCGAUCGUCAAUUCACACCAUUGCUACAUCCAUACGUCCCGCACAAGAGAAGAGAAGAGGAAGCACCAACAGCUCUCCGCCCCAUACAAACACAUUAUCGCAAAUCGAAACAAAUAGCUGUGGAUCCUUUAUUGCGAUUCUCGUUUUUGAGGAUUGGUUCGUUCGAUAGAUCCUUCUCGUUCCCUGCAUCAAGGCGAAACAUCAAACGCCCCAUUGAUCGAUCCCUCCACAUAAUCCCUGACAAACCAACUCAACGGUGAAGCAUUGUGAAACUUCGUUCCGAACCAUGUGGGCCUUCUUCCAAACCAGCAACGAUGAUUCUCGUCAAACGCACGCAAAAAUCGUCGUGGGGUGCCCGAAACCGAACCAUGCCGCCUCGACCACAAAUCUCGAUUCAGCUGCCUGGGCAUUGCUGCAAGAGGCGGUCGGAACUCCCACGGGAACCCCGCACACGGGCAUGCAGGUUCCCUUUGGUACAAAAAUCAACCCUCAAACACAGAGAAGGCAGGUUUUUGUGUCGCGCGAUAUUCCCAAGGGCUACGAGCUCUGGAAACCCAUCCACUACCAUACCUUUCACAGCGAGGAGGGCUACACCGACUUUUUGAGGGAGGUCCCCCACAAUCUGAGGUGUGCAGUUUUGGAAUGGACGCACCCCUCAUCUCACGACAACGACAUUUACGUCGACGUCACGCUGGACGAGGGGACCUUCAUCCAGGAGGCGGAGCUCCCCGAGCAGGUCAACAUCGACAUCGAUUGCGUGGCGCUCCGGGACAUCAAGGCCGGUGAAUUUGUCUAUAUGAACACGACGGAGCACUUUUCGCUGAGCGGAGACGUGGAGUGGCUCGAGGCGAUCCGGACGGACGCCCUCAAGCGGACAGGCCUCGGCUCGGGCAGGAGAAGGAACCAAUACCUCAACAACAACCAUACUCAUCGUUUAAUACCACCCAAUCACACCGAGGACGACACUACCGUCGUAGCUCCCGUUAUUGCGGCCCUAUCUGCACUCUAUUUUGUCGUCAAAUUAGUCCGGGGAGGAAAUGCAUCGAAACCAUACGACUUCGGAUGUGACUAUGGCGGUGACUGUCACAACGGGUGCACUUUCGGAUCUUUCUUCUACGGCUCCCAAAAGACAAAGAUCGCUUAGAACUUCACGAUACACAACAACGAUCCAUAACAAACCACGAGUUACCGGUCGAUAGUGGAACGAAACCGACCACCUAUCCACGCAAUUCAUACCAAGAAAAUAAAACUCAGAAACAGCAUCGGUACGAGCGAUAGAAAGUGGCGAACGGUGCCGUCCUUUGAUGCCUCUCGAUCGAUUCUCUGCACAGCUUCGAGCUGCCCGCAAGGAGCAAGAAAUACAGUAGCAAGUCUCGAUAGCUUUCGUUAGACGAGCACGAAGCGUACUGUUCCCAGCUUGUACAUCAGAUCAAUACACUUCAAUACUCAGACUUUCGCUUUCCGAACACGAUGACUUUUUCUUGUACAAUACACGAAACAAUUUUAUUGAACUCGGCGGUCGUCGCUUCACUGUCCCCAACGCAUGUAACGAGAAAGAUGCACCUACCUGCAAACCUAAUGCGACCAGCACAAUCACUAGAACUGGAUGAAAACCAACCGCCAUUGCAAUUUAUAUUUCAUUUAAUAAUUACUAGAAUCUAAUCAAAUAUCAGUAUUGUG